AUGCUUCUACGACUACCCAGAGGCCUCCACUACCCUAUAACCAUCACCAAAGUCCUCAAGGAAGCGGGUUCAGACGUUGGCAAAUACGAGCCACUUUUUCUAUACACCUAUGAGACGACGGUGAGAGAAGGUAGUAGGGACGGCGACGACAAAUAUGUCAGGAAAUCCUUUCCAGCAAAGUUCGAGUCGGGCGUUGAAGGAAAGCUCAAAUUCUGGAACGUUUGGGAGGGCAAUGUACUCGAUCGACCGGUUGAUGUCGCUGAAAUUGAGGAGGAAUGCGCACAUUCAGAACAUUUUGCCGGAAUGUGUACCAACUGCGGAAAGGACAUGACGAUAAUUUCUUCUUACAACAACGAUGCGAAUGAUGCGGAUCGCGCUCCUCUCCAGACAUCACACGAUACCCAAAUGCUUCGAAUCAGUCAAAGGGAAGCUUCACGGAGAGAAGAGGAGGCAAAGAGAAGGCUGUUGGCUUCGCGAAGGCUUUCUCUAGUUGUUGACCUUGACCAGACCAUCAUCCAUGCUGCCGUCGACCCUACAAUAGCAGAGUGGCAGAAGGACAAGGACAACCCCAACUAUGAAGCUGUGAAAGAUGUGCGCGCAUUUCAGCUGAUUGAUGAUGGGCCUGGCAUGCGUGGAUGUUGGUACUACAUUAAGCUACGACCAGGGUUGAAGGAGUUCCUGGAACAGGUCUCACAGCUCUUCGAGCUACACAUAUACACCAUGGGAACACGGCAAUAUGCGGAGCAAAUAGCCAACAUUGUGGACCCGGAUCGUAAAUAUUUCGGCGAUAGGAUACUGAGUCGCGACGAAAGCGGAAGCAUGACGAACAAAAACCUUGAGAGACUGUUUCCGAUCGAUACAAAGAUGGUUGUCAUAAUCGACGACAGGGGCGACGUCUGGAAGUGGAACGCCAAUCUCGUACGAGUAAUACCCUUCGACUUCUUUGUAGGCAUUGGCGAUAUCAACUCCAGUUUCCUUCCCAAAAAGCCAGAAAUCAAGCCUACGCCGAAAGCAGACAAAUCCGAGGAUGUCAGGUCCCCGGAGAGCAUCCCAGAAGGCCAGGACACUUCCAAACCAGAUCCGAAGAUUGAAGACAACGUCGAAAAUGGGGCUUUGAAUGCAAGUCAAGGCAAAGAGACCUCAGCAUUAGAGCAGCUUGUGGCAAUGGGUGGAGGCGACGAUCCUGUGGUCCGAGAGAUCCAAUCCAAAGGCCAAGAAGAGACCAUUGCAGCGCAACUCGAAGAGAAACCGUUGCUCCAAAUGCAAAAGCUGCUAGACGCCAAAGAUCAAGCAGAAGCAGAUGCCGCAGCAGCACUAACAGACAGCACCGGAAAUGACACUAUGGCCAAUGGAGACACCCAACCAUCCAAGCCCGAGUCAGAAACGUCGUCCUCCUCAAGCGAAGCCGCGGAGCCAACCCCAUCGCCUCCACCAAAACCUGCCCCAGCUCGCCAUUCACUUCUUCGUGAUGACGACCGCGAACUCGCAUCACUUUCAAUACGCCUCAAGGCCGUUCAUGCUGCCUUCUACAAUGAGUACGACCGGCAGCGGCUUGGCCAGAAAGGCGGCCGUGUGGCUGCAUUGUCUGGGAAAGGCCGCAAGAUUCAAUUCCAGACAGAAACUCCCACCUCCUCAGAAGACGCUUCUGAUCUCCUUUUGGUACCUGACAUCAAAUCUGUCAUGCCCCAGAUGAAGAAUCGAGUGUUGUCUGGUGUUGUCAUUGUGUUUUCCGGUGUCCUGCCUUUGGAGACAGAUGUUCAGGCCGCCGAUAUAAGCCUCUGGGCGAAGACGUUUGGGGCCACGAUUGCCGAGAAGGUAGGCAGAAAAGUCACUCAUGUCGUCGCAGCGAGGGCUGGGACCAGUAAGGUGAAGCAAGGCAUUAAGAGAGGUAUAUGGGUCGUUGGAACGCAGUGGUUGAUUGACUGUAUGACCGGGUGGAAGAGGGCCAAAGAGGAUGAUUACGUCCUCCCAGACCUGAAAGGAGAGAGUAGGAGGAAGAACAAGGAUGGGUCACCGGAGAGAAGUGAAGCAGACGACAGAAAGGGGUUGCUGGAGAGUGAUGGAGGGUUUCUUCUCAGCUCAGAUGAAGGCGAGGGCGAAACGACGGGUCUUGAUACCGAAGCUGAGACUGAUGACACCAGGAAGCCAGGCAAGGAUGUUGCAGCACGAGACGCACAGCCUGACAGAAAGCGGUUAAAGCUUAACACCCAGGAACUGACAAAUGAGGACGCUGUUACCGUCAGCAACGAUGAAGUUGCCAACGGGCUGAUGGGAGACACGUCUCCAUUGAGCAUAAAUCAAGACGAAUGGGAAGACAUGGACAAAGAGCUAAGAGAGUUCAUCGGCAGCGACGUGGAAAGUGAUUCGGACGAUGAGUCUGUGAGCUCCAAACUCAGCACCAGAAAUGCAACCAAGAGAAAACGAGAAGAUGACGGUGAAGAAAGCGACAACGACCAGCCUCGGCGUGUGGACAGAGCAGGGGUGGGUAUCUCGACCUUCAAAGAAAGCAAUACUGCCUCAUCGACCACCAAUGGCAAUAGCGUUGACGGCAAUGAUCCAGCAAAUGACUUCGACGAAGACGAAGACGAAGACGCUGAAAUUCAGAGACAGCAAAGAGAGGUGGAGAGUGCUGAGGUUAAGGAAGAAGAGGAAGAACUCAGCUCCGACGACGAAUUGGCGAGGGAGUUGGAGAAGGAGUUUGAAGAAAGCAGUGGGACUGAUGAGGAAGGAUUCAUGGGCACCAAGCAUGCAACCAGAAUAGAUGAUGUGGAACCGGGUAGCAUUCCCAGAUCGACUGACGAUAACGAGGAUGAGUUCAUCGCCGGAAGGGAGACAGCUCGAGGGGGCCUGGUGUGA